AUGGCCUCCAUAGGACGGCGCCAGAUUGAUACCAAGUUCCUGAACUCAGGGAUUCUCAACAAAUCCGCCUCGCAAUCUUCCUCUCUGUAUCAGAAAUGUUCACUGUUGCGCGGAAGACUGCGUAGAAUCCGCGGUUUCGCAGAACUAUUCCCAGAUGUGGUGGAAUCACCAUCUCGAGACCCAGUCGCCUACAUCUGGGACUUAUUCUCAACGGGAACCCCCCUGUGCUACAUAUAUGACCAGCUCCCUGCUGAUGAAGGCUUCAAGAAAAUCAAUCAUUACGCACUCUCCAAACGUAACUAUGAAACUGAAUCAGAAACAAAUCGCGCAAAGAAGCAUGCCAUUGCCCUCUUUGCUAUGGAGCUUAGAGUGUCGAAUAUCACUGAAAAGAUAUCUGGCUGUGAGAUGUUUACUGUGACGGAGUUGUGGGACCGCCACUCAACUGAUGGUUUGGUCAAGGUCGUCGACACAGUCACCGCAAUUGUAGAUCAUCUUCCACCGGAAGUCUUUGAUGACGACGUUGCUUCUGAGGAUCCUUCUAACGCAGCAAAUGUGCACGAUGCCGUUCAACAGAAUAUCAUUCGCGAAAUGCUGGAAACGGAACGGAAAUACGUUCAGAAUCUGGAAGUACUGCAGAGUUUCUCCAAUGCUCUUUCACAAGGGAACAUCGUCAGCCAGGAUACGAUACACCUACUAUUCCCUAACCUAAAUAAGCUUCUCAAUUUCCAGCGGAAGUUCUUGAUCAGUCUUGAAUUUACUGCUCAGCUUCCUCUACAAGUACAACGCUGGGGGCAACUCUUUCUUGAAAAUGAAGAGGAGUUCUCGGUGUACGAACCGUAUUGUGUUAAUUAUAAACACGCAACUGAGUUAAUGGUAGACCAUGAAAGAGAUUUAUCCUCUUUCAAUCAUAUUCUCAACGCCAAAUCCGAGCUUCCUGCAUUGUUACUUAAACCCAUUCAACGGGUUUGUCAAUACCCUCUUCUUCUCGAGUCACUUGUCAAAGCACUUCCCCCGGAGGUCUACGAACAUCACUACGAACUCAUUCGCGCUUCAGAAUCUGCCAAAAGAAUUAUCACUAAAAUCAACGAGGCGCAAAGACGCAAUGAAAACCAAGAAAUCGUCAAGGACCUCGCAGCUAGGGUCGCAGAUUGGAAAGGGCAUCACAUCGAAAAUUUCGGAGAACUCGUUCUUCACGAAUCUUUCACGGUUACGAAAUCGGACGUUGACCGAAACUAUGAAGCUUUUUUGUUCGAAAAAAUACUCAUUCUCUGUAAAGAAGCUACUGCCCCUGUAAACAAAAGGAAGAAGAAUCAGGCGAUCCUAAAAAAAUCUGUCUCAGUUGCUACCCCUCAGCCACAAAAGCCUCCCCUCUUGCUAAAAGGUCGCAUCUUUAUAGCGAACGUUGUAUCCGCAAAACCUACCACACCGAACCGGCCAAAUUCGUAUCCCUUGGGUGUGUAUUGGAAGGGAGAUUAUGAAGUGGAAUCUUUUACAAUGCACUGCCGACGAGAAGAACAGAUGAAACAGUGGCAAACUGCUGUCACACGUUUGGUAACUGAAGCGGCUUCUCGUCGUAUUCAGCUUGUAGCGGAACAGAAAAUAAACGGCGUUAUGCGCACACAAAUUGGACCAACCCCUCAUACACCUACAUCGCUUUACUCGCUGAGUUCGGAUUUUGCGACUAUUGGCGGUAGAAAUCGUUAUUCAGCAUAUAAUGAGGAUGAAGAGUCAAACCACUAUGGACCCGAUUCUGCAUCAGAAGAUGGAGAACUUGAGGAAUAUAUCCCACCUUCUUGUCCCUCUUCUGGAAGAAGUACGCCUGUUGAAAGGCGCAGAUUGUAUAAAUCGCGAAGCUUGUCCGCAAAGUUUUUGUCCUGCAAAAACCUCAAUGGAUCGCCGCUGGUGUUUGGCAAAAUAACGCGCAGCAGGAGUUUCAGUGUACCAUACAUUGAUACGUCAAAAUCCACGGGGUCUCCGCGUGAAUCCUCGCCCCCUACACCUGUCAGCUAUCUGACUCUACUAUCAACAUCGCACGCAAUGGACAGAGAAUGGCCCCCGCACUCGGAGGAUUCAAAAGUCAACAAAUUCAAUCCAUCAAUUCCAAUGGUCAAAUUGAAAAUCCGUUACUACGAUGAUAUUUUCAUCAUUCAUCUCCCGAAGAUGGUGGAUUUUGCUGGGCUGUACGCUAACCUUGAAAGAAAGAUUCGUCUUUGUGGACCGCGGAAAAGCACGGCACCGUUGCGCGUUAAGUAUCGGGACGCAGAUGGGGACAUGAUAUCGCUGACUUCGACGGAGGACCUGCAGAUAGCCCUUGACCAUGAGCAAGUAAUAACAUUAUUUGUAACUUGA